UAUUUAUAAUAUUCAAGCUUGAAUAUUGGUAUUAGAUAAUUAAUAUAGUUUAUAAUAUAGCAUAAUAUAAUAUAGUAUAAAUCAUAAUAUAGAAUAAUAUAACAUAAGAUAGAAUAAAAUAAUAUAUUAUAAUAUAACAGUUUAACAAAGUUAUAUUAUAAUAUCAUAGUCAUAGAUACAUUUUUAGAAGCAACGAGAAUAUAAGACUGUGUGUGUGGAGUAUCACUCAACGCGCGCGAUUAUCGGGGAUUCAAAUUACAUGCCUAUAUACAUUGUGGCAUCGACUUGGAGAUUUUAUUCUUAAAUAAUUUUCAAUUAUUCUUGAAAUUAUUUAUUAUCAUUUUAUUUAUCUUUUAUUUAUAAUUUCGUUACGAUAGUUCGUAACAAUCCACCGCGGAUUUUUCCGUUUUCGUCCCCGAAAACUCAUGGUCUCGACCACAGCAUUCCUUAUACUUUGUAUAUCGACAUAUAAUCUAAAUAUUGUGUCUACUUGGUGACUCUUCUAAGCACUGCUACAGUAUAGGACCCAGUAUCAAUGUCUUUGUGCUGAUACAAAUCAGUUCAUUUCGUGAAGUGAUCAAGUGCGCUUGUGAAAUUUAAAAUCUCUGGGAUUAUUUUAUUUUGAACAAUUUUAGUGGAUAUCGGAGGAUUUUAUUUUAAACAAUUAUUGUAAAAGUGCGAAUAGUGCAAAAACUUUGGAAGACUAUAUUUUUUUUUUUAUUAUAACAAUUAGUGUAAAAGUGCGGGUGGUGCAAAAACUUUAAAAAAAAACUAUUUUUUUUUUUUAAAAAAAAACAAUUAGUGUAAAAGUGCGGGUGGAGAGUAAAAAAAAAUGGCUGGAAAUGCGGAAAACAGCAGAGAAUUUAUGGAGAGGUUUAUUUUUACAGCAAGAGCUGAAGGAGGGGUGGUUUCCGCUGUGUGUUCCCACACCGGUAUUAGAUACCGCUUUACGAUUGAAGAGGACGGAUGGCAUUGGUAUAAGGCCAAUGAAUAUGAAGGUGCAAGCGAUGCUGAUGAUGAGCGCGGUGAGGAGGAAAGGAUAACGGUCGGGUGCAAUAUUGCAGCCCGCGAUCGCAGCCCCGGCUCAUCACGCCCGCCCAGUCAGGAGCACAUCUUGCCCCCCACAUUGGAGGAACCGGUAGGUGAAGAUUGGCCUGAAGAGAAUGGCCUGGCAGGUGAUGAUCUGCCUAUAACAGAUCGAGCUGAUGAAGAUGUUACAUCUCCGGAUGUAAGUGACAUUGAGUCACGAAAUUGCGAAGAAGAUUUAGAAGAUGAGGCAGAAGAAGAAGACGAAUCGGAGAAUGUUACGUCUCCAGAUGUGAGUGACAUAGAGUCACUAGGAGAUGACAUAUUUGUCGAAGAUGAUGUUCAGGGAGCAAGGGCUUUGACUCCCCCCGAUAUGCCCGAGCUUGUUUGUUGGGCAGAUAACGGUAUGUUUUUUUAUCAUUACAUGUAUCCUUAUAUAAAUUUUUGUAUAACACUUGUACGUCUUUUCUGACAUUCAUACUUUUAUUCAUUCAAUUUUUAUAUUACAGCUUAUGGUUUUGCAGCCCAAGCUUUGGGUCGGAGUAUAACUCCGCCCGAUAUGCCCGAUCUCUUUUCGUGGGUGGAUAAUGGUAAGAUAUUUUUAUCUUUAUAAACUUUUUAUAUCACAUUUGUGCGCCUUUUUCUAACAUUCAUACUUACAUUUAUUCAAAUUUUUAUUUUACAGGUGAUGGUCAUGCAGCUCGAGGCUUGGGCGGGAGUAGGACUCCUCCCGACCUUGUGUUAGAGGAUAAUGAUGGUAAGAAAUUUUUUUUUUUUAUUUAUUAGUAUUUUUAACUAUUUUUAUUUAUUAAUCGCUUGUCAUAUAUCGUUUAUUAAUUGGUUAGGUUGGGUACCAUUCCUGCGCCGUCAAGAGCCCCUUCCUGAGCUCCUUCCUGAGCUCCGUAGUUUUGAGCAAGUGAUUGGGGUCUUGUUGAAAGUAAAACUAAGGGGGGAGGAUAAUGAAAAUGCAGACUACCGCAUAAUUUAUCAGGAGGAAUCUGACGCACCCCCUCCAUGUUAGUAAAUAUAUAUAUAUACAUACAUACACACAUAUACAUACACAUACACAUAUACGUGCACAUGUUCAAAUGUUUAAUAUGUAAUUCCCGUCUUCUUUCUUUUUCGUUUUAGAUUGGUGUUUUGGGCCUACUAACCCCUCUGAAGAAUUACUAUGCGUAAUUCUUCAAAUGCGAAUAAUUGAUUCGACGGGGGCCCGAGUCGAGUAUCGCGUUAUUUAUGGCAGCGACGAUUAAUGUAUAUACACAUUUUUGUACAUAUCAUAUUUUUAUUUUAUUUUAUUUUAUUAGCUUUAUUUAAUAGUUAUAAGUUUAUUAUUGUUACCCCCUAUUUUUUUUUAUUUUUUUAUCAUUUUACUGUUAUUAUUUUUUUUUUUUAU